CCAAUUUGAAUGCUACAGCUCCUAAAACCAACAGAUUAUAAAAUUAAGUAAAGUUAAACCAAUAUGUUAAUGCUAUAGACUCGGAUUGACGAAGGGACUGUACCAUGAAGAUGUAAAUGAACACAGGAGUGGAGUUGUACACAAAAACCCUAAUAAGUGUGGCAUAUUGUGAGACGAUAAAACGUUGGCACAAAAGCAACAUAAUCGAAAAAAAGUCAACUUUGGCUCAAAUCUUGCACAACAGUAACACUGCUAACAACCAAUUGCAAUUGCUGCACGUAAAUAAUCAAUGUUAUUGUUUUUGUCAGAUUUUCUCAAAGGGGGAGGACUUAACUUGUUCAAGUCUUAAAGAUAUUACAGAAAAUGCUAGAGAAUACUGUGAAAAAAAGGGAAUUCUGGAACAAUUUUCCACAAUGUUAUCGAUUUUGGAAAUUGAAAGCGACGACCCAGCUGAUACUCAAGACCAUAACAGAUAUUCGGUUCUGUCAGGGGACGACAGUUUUGAAAAUACAUACUUGUAUUUGGACCAAGAAAAUGACUACAUUUUAUUCCCAGAAAAGUGCACAUGUUCAGGAAGAAGUUCUUUUCAAAAUCAAUCAAUAAAUAUUGGUUGCACAAACCAAAUGGAUCUUCCAAGUAACAAUGAAUGUGUCUUGUCAGGAGAAAAACCUUUGGGUAGCGAAGAAAUAGGAAAUAUGAAUGAGAAUGAAGAUGACGCCAGAAAAAUUACUUCAACACCCAAAACUUAUUUGCUAAAAACAGUUAAUUCAACAAAUUCUUUUUAUGAAAAUAUUGACUUUUGCUCAACAAGAAACAAAAAUAUUUCUCAUAAUUGCACCAUUAAUGUUAGUAAUGAUUCCGAUUCUCUUAUAGAAGAAUACAAUGUAUUAAGAAAAAAAAUUUUAAUUUCAAAAUUGCCGACCAAACGACCCACAAUUGUAUCUCCAGAAGUUGAAGGUUUCAAACAAAGUGUAUGUAAGUACAAGAAAAUAGAUUGUGACAUUAAAUUCUCUAAAGAGGAAGAACUCUUUUUAUUAAGAAGUAGAGAAAAUCGAAAAAUGUAUUUAAAUUUCAUGCAAGAUCUUCUCAGGACCAAAUUUGGAAUUUUUAAUAAUGUCUGCCCAAUAAAUUUUAGUAGCCAUAAAUUCCACAAAAAAAAACUAGUUCUUUAUGCCAAAUGUAUGUAUUAUUUAAGUGGUUGCGGGGCGUAUAAAUUUGUAAUUGAUUUCGAUAGCAUCAUUACUGUGUACGCUUCCAGUUUAGAAAUCACUCACCCCAAAACUGCCAAAAAACAUCAACUCAGAGGAGUUCGCAGAUUGUUAGCAAAACAACAUAUUAAAUAUCUGCGGCCAACAAACUGGCGAGACAAAUUACUCAUAAAGCAAUCAAAGCAUUUAAAGGCACUAGGGAAUGACCAAGGAGUCGUAUCGAAAGAUGCAGCUAGAAGAAUAAAAUUUGAGCAAGUGCGGUCAAUUGAUAGAGAUGCUGACAGCCACAUCGAUAUUUGCAAAAUGUAUUUAGACAAAAAUUGGCGUACAUAUAUACAAAAAGUAGCGCUCCCACAAGAAAUUUAUUUGAUUUCCAAACGGCCAAUAGAAAUUCUCCAAGCCAAAAAUUUUGCUUUACUGAAACUUAGCCACAACACAUUAUUUUUUGAUGCCACUGGGAGCAUUAUGAGAAAGUAUGAGCCCGAGUCAAAAAGAGUAUUUUUGUAUUCUCUCGUGGCUCACCUCGAUGCUGGUCCGAAAAAGAGAGAUUCAGCUCGCUGUUUCUGGGAUUAUUACGGUCGGUACAAGGAGUUCCAUCACACUCGUCUACGAGUACCACUGUCUGCGCCGGGAAAUUUGGCCACACUUGCGGUAUUCGACCGGCAGGUAUUAAACGAGCAGCUGCUGCGUUAA